CUAAUCAUGCUAGAAACAUGUUAACAACAAGCUAGUAACAUGUUAGACAUGCUAGAAACAUGCUAGUAACUUGCUAAUUAUGCUAACAACAUUGUAAUCAGCCUAUAAAAAUACAAGCAACAAGCUAAUCAUGCUAAAACAUGUUAACAACAUGUUAAAUCAUGUAAGCAAUGUGUUAAAUCAUGUUAGCUGCUUUCAUACUUUUACAACUGCUUCAAACUUUCAGGCUAGGCUUUCUCAAGACAACUUAAGGUUUGCUCUCAAACUUUACUCCUCUAGUUCUGCUGUUGUUCUGUGUCUCGGCCGCUGGGCGGCGCUGUGAUGAAUCCGCUCUGCUGUUCCGCGCUCAAGCGCCGCUCUUCACUCAAACUCUUCCGCACUGACUCACGUGUGUUUGUGUUUGUGUUUGUGUGGAUCUCAUGUGAUUUUUAUUGUAAAAUAAUUCAGUCUAAUAUUUCCUGAUGGCGCCUCAUGUGAUCUCAGUGAGGUUCGUCAGCGGCUUCGUGUUCGGCGCGGCUUCCGGUGUCGCAGCUCUCAAACUUUAUUUGUAUGAAGAGCAGAAAACAGACAGAGGAAGCUCCAUCCAUCGGCUCAUCGAGCGUUUCGGUCUUCCUCAAACCGGCGCAGAGACCCGAUUCUACCUCAACCACGUGCUGUCGUACGAUCAGGCGCGCCGGACGCCCCGCUGGGUGGCAGAGCACCUGUCCGCUCACAGGUUACUGGGUCAAGCCGAAAGAAAACACUGCAAGUUCAAACCCGAUCCCAGCAUUCCCGAGCUCUUCUCGGCCCAAAACGAGGAUUACCUACGCAGCGGAUGGUCGCGUGGACACAUGGCUCCUGCGGGAGACAACAAGAUCUCUGAGCAAGCGAUGGCGGAGACUUUCUAUUUGUCCAACAUUGUUCCGCAGAACUAUGAGAACAACGCAGGCUUCUGGAACAGGCUGGAGAUGUACUGCAGAGAACUAACGCAGAGCUUCGCUGACGUGUGGGUCAUUUCUGGACCGCUGCUGCUGCCACAGACCAGCGAGGACGGCAGCAGAACCGUCAGCUAUCAGCUGAUCGGGAAAGAUGACGUUGCCGUUCCCACUCAUCUCUACAAAAUCAUCCUGGCGCAGAAAGACUCCUCUUCAGACUCUUUGGCGCUCGGGGCGUUUGUGGUCCCGAACGCUCCGAUCGGUUUCGACCAUCAGCUGACGGAGUUUCAGGUGAGUCUGUCUGAUCUGGAGCGCAUGUCCGGCCUGACGUUCUUCCCUGCGGUGGAGCAACGCGAGGAGCUGAAGAACCUGUGUGACGUGGACUCCUGCCAGCUCAUGGACUUCAGGCGCUUCACGCUGUACAUCAGCGGCCGUAAGGUGGCGAGUGCCAGGACGAUGGCAAGGCUGGAGAAGAUCAUGACGGAGCUGAAAGACGCCGGCAUCACACCUGACGAAUACCUGAGCAGCCUUUACCUGGAGAAGAAACGAGAAUUAGCAGAGAAAGAGGAACAUGAGAAGAAACCAGAGCAAUGAGAGUUGAAUUUUGUAUGAG